AAGCACUCCAUUUCUCGACUUCCCUCCUCAAGCUGUUCCCAUCUGUUGGAAGUUCCUCUUCCAGCUCCUCUCAUCCUUUUGGUUUUCUGCGAUUCUUCCUCACUGCAGAGAAGAAGAAGAGACGGCAGGAAGAGGGGCCGAUGGAUGUCCGCGACUCAAUCCAAAGCCAGACAGAGUCAAGCUUGCUCCUGGCGAGCCGCAUCGCCCUGAGCGAAGCAAGGGAAGUCAACCUCGUCUUCUCCCCCCUCACCCUCCACAUCGCCCUUUCCAUGGUGGCCGCUGGAUCGAAAGGACGGACUGGUGAUCAGAUACUGUCGUUCCUGAGGGCAAGAACCAACGAGGAGCUCAACUCGCUCUCUGCCCAGAUCGUUUCCCUGAUUCUCGCCGACGGGAGCACUCUUGGAGGUCCGACGCUGUCCUCUGCAAACGGCGUCUGGGUCGACGAAUCCAUGCCGUUGAAACCGGCCUUCGCGGAGAUCGUGAAGGGCGUCUAUGGAGCAGAAGCCAAGGCCGUCGAUUUUCAGACGAAGGCAAUUGAAGUAGAAAAUGAAGUGAACUCAUGGGCGGAAGGGCAGACUAAUGGACUUAUUAAAGAACUUCUUCCAUCUGGCUCCGUUAACAAUUUAACUAGGCUUAUCCUUGCCAAUGCACUUUACUUUAAGGGCGCCUGGAAAGACAAGUUUGAUGCAUCUGUUACCAAAGAAGGCUCUUUCUAUCCUCUGAGCGGGGAAUCUGUACAAGUCAUGUUUAUGACUAGCUCGAAGAAGCAGUUCGUUGCUGCUUUUCCUGGUUUCAAAGUACUCAAGUUGCCUUAUGGGCAAGGCGAGGAUAAAAGGCUUUUCUCCAUGUAUCUUUUCCUUCCUGAUGAGAGAAAUGGGCUGCAUAAUCUGGUAGAAAAAGUUGGUUCAGAUCUGGAUUUCAUAAAUAGGCAUCUUCCUUCAAACAAAGUGAGUGUCGGUCAGUUCAUGAUUCCUAAGUUCAAAAUUUCUUAUGGUUUUGAAGCAUCUGGGGUUCUCAAACAGAUGGGGUUGUUUUUGCCCUUCUCUGGUGAAGCUGAACUUACUGAGAUGGUUGAUUCGCCUUUGGGAAAUAAAUUGUCUGUAUCCAGCAUAUUCCACAAAUCUUUUAUUGAGGUUAAUGAAGAAGGAACUGAAGCUGCUUCUGCAACUGCUGCUGUGGUAAUGUUGCGGUCUGCCAUGAUGCCACAACCACCUAUAGACUUCGUAGCUGAUCAUCCAUUUCUGUUUCUAAUACGAGAAGAACUAACGGGGGUUUUGCUAUUUGUUGGUCAUGUGCUCAAUCCUCUUCUCGCUGCUUAACCUAAAAGCUUGGCCCUUUGAUCUCUUUGCCUCAACCCGGCUUGGAUGUUUUAAGCUUCUGCUACAUUCUCCGGUCGGUCAUUAGUGGACAAAACCAGUUUGAAAUGAACCAUAAGAUGCAGUGUAGGUAACGAAAGGGUGAUGGAAAGUCAUGAACAACUACUUUGUAUUGUAUGUUAUCCGCUUUACAAAUCACUUUCGGAUUGAGACAGUUUUCUUGUUUCAUGUUUAUUAGUUGUGCUACUGCUAAUUGAUGAGCUUAUUGUCAGAUAAGUUGCUGCAUA